AUGGAUAACUGGGACAACAGCAAUGAAUUCAUUCAGCGACUGGAUUUUUCCAGUUGUGGUGAAGAGAGUGAAGACAGAAGUGUAAAUGAGGAGGACUCUCUGAGCUCGAGCCCCCCCAGCAGCUUUGAGUUCCAGAAGUGGCAAGGGAGCAGUCCUCUGCUAGCAACCCCUCAGAGAAAGCUUAAUGAGAUCUUCCUGAGCAGGACAAAAGCCUGGGUGAGUCCCACCCUGAAGUCUUCCCCAGCUGUGAGCAAGAGCCGGCGUAAUGCCGAGACACCGCUGCACAUCACCUGGAAAAAGCUGCAGCUGUGUGACACCCCGUACACUCCCAAGAGCCUGUUAUCAAAGACAGCUUUUCCUUCACCUGGGGCAAAAGUCCCACCCAAAGGCUUCCGACAUCUGAGAUUUACUCCUGGGGCUGACUCGGAUGACUCUACCCAAGCUUCUCUUGUCAACAUUAAUCCCUUUACACCAGAGUCGUAUCGACAAAUGCUCUUUCUUCCUGAUGGCAAGCAGAAGACCAGAGGAGAGCUGAGGGAUCCUGAUCCAAGAAGCCAGAUAAAACAGGAGCUACCUACAAAGAGAUAUCCUCUGAAAGAGAGCAAUAUGGUUUCCCGCUACAAGAAGGAGUUCCUGGAACUAGAAAAAAUUGGUGUGGGAGAAUUUGGCUCUGUCUACAAGUGCAUCAAACGCCUUGAUGGAUGUGUUUAUGCCAUCAAACGCUCCAAAAGGCCUCUGGCAGGAUCCUCAGAUGAGCAGCUGGCGCUGCGCGAGGUUUAUGCUCAUGCUGUUCUUGGACACCACCCUCAUGUUGUACGCUACUACUCGGCAUGGGCAGAGGAUGAUCACAUGAUUAUCCAAAAUGAACACUGCAAUGGUGGGAGUCUCCAAGACGUGCUGCUGGAAAAUGCAAAGCUUGGCCAGUAUUUCCCAGAAGCAGAGCUGAAAGAAAUAUUGUUACAAGUCUCCAUGGGGCUAAAAUAUAUCCACAACUCUGGCCUUGUGCACCUGGAUAUCAAACCGAGUAACAUCUUCAUCUGUCACAAUCUGGCAGUCGCAGGCCCUGCUGGGCAGGAAGAGAGUGACAGUGAGGAUGAAUUCUCUUCUGGUGUGGUGUAUAAGAUCGGUGACCUUGGCCAUGUGACAUCAAUAACAAACCCCCAGGUGGAGGAAGGAGACAGACGGUUUUUGGCCAAUGAGAUUUUGCAAGAGCAAUACUGUUAUUUGCCCAAGGCAGACAUCUUUGCCCUGGCACUCACAGUAGCUCUAGCAGCCGGCACAGCACCGCUGCCUCACAACGGGGCCAUGUGGCACCACAUCCGCAAAGGCAAUAUCCCACUGAUCCCCCAGAAACUUCCUCAUUGCUUUCUUGAACUCCUCAAGCUCAUGAUCCAUCCUGAUCCAGUGGAAAGACCUUCUGCCACAGCUCUUACUAAACAUCCAGUUCUCCGUCCUUCACGUGGAAAAGCUGUGCAGCUCCAGAAGCAGCUAAAUGUGGAGAAGUGCAAGACUGCCAUGCUGGAAAGGGAACUUAAAGCAGCCCGCCUUGCCCAGACCCUCAUGAAGGACCAGCCCUUAGGAAGUGCCAAGUUGCAAGAGUCUGAAACGUCUUCUAAGCAGAACGGCAAGCGCCUGGUGGGAGGGAAAAGCUGUCGCUCAUUUAGCUUUACUUUGGAUGUUGAAGGAAAACUUCCCUCCCUUAACCUUCAGCAACAAGCACCGUAUCGCGUAGCUGAUGCGCCGUUCUGCGGGCAGCCGUCUCCUCUGAAAUACGUCGCGGGACCGCGCUUCCCGCCGGGGAAGCCGCUGCCCCCUCCCCCGCAGGGGGGCCGCAAGGGCCCGAGGAGCGCUGCGAUGGCGGAGCGGGUCUUCGCGGAGCCUGGGCUCUGCUACCCGCCAGCAUACCAGAAACCUCUCGUUUUGCAAGUGCUUCGCCAGUUUGUAAGACAUGAGUCUGAUACGGUUGGCUCGUUGGUACUCGAAAGAUCCAUGAAUCGUGUUCAGUUACUUGGUCGGGUUGGACAGGACCCUAUCAUGAGGCAAGUGGAGGGAAAAAAUCCCGUUACCAUAUUUUCUCUUGCAACCAACGAGAUGUGGCGAACAGGGGAAAGUGAGGUAACACAGGGAGGUGAUAUCAGUCAGAAGACAACGUGGCACAGGAUCUCUGUCUUCAGACCGGGCCUCAGGGAUGUUACAUACCAGUAUGUGAAGAAGGGUGCUCGUAUCUAUGUUGAAGGGAAGAUAGACUAUGGUGAAUAUACAGAUAAAAACAAUGUGAGGCGGCAGGCCACAACAAUUAUAGCAGAUAAUGUAAUUUUUCUGAGUGAUGGUGGUAUGAAAUAAAAGGUGUGAAGCUGUUAGCGCUUGGACCCCAGGCCAUUUCAUUCCUUUUGUUUUACAGUGCUUCAUAAUCCUGUAAUCAUGUAUAUGGCUGUAGUUUCUUUAAAAAAUGAAUAAAAUGUUUGAUA